AUGGACCGAAAUACAGAGGUAACAAUUGAAAGACAUCCGCGAUUGGUAAAGUGGGGUCACCGAAGAUCUGAUAGCUUAAAAGCAGUAUUUCCCCAUCCUUUUUGGUUUCGGCUUUAUCUCUGCUACAAUGCAUCAAGUGCAUAUACUGGACCUUCAAAUGAUUGGAAAAAAAUCGAACCUCGCUAUGCCGCAGCUACUUUUGUGCAUGGAAAUGCGCUGUAUGCUUACGGAGGAGCGACCAGUCAAAAAAAUACAUCGGAUUUGUUCACUUCUAUGUUUCUAUCAAAGAAAGAUGGUCUAGAAGGGCAGAGAGAAUAUGAAUCAUUUUUUGAAAGGAAUGGUCCGCUAUCCAGCUAUUCCCAGACAGUAGUUUUGCCAGACAACCACACAGUAUUGCUUUUUACAGGAUACGAAGAAAACAGGCCUGAUAAUGAUAGCACAAUGCACGCUUAUACCUAUGAUCUCAAUGACAAUAACUCUACUUGGAAGCAAGUUAUCCCAAGGACCAAUACAUUUGUACCAUUGUAUCGUACUGGGUUUACUGCCACACUAGCACCAAAUGGACAAGUCUAUAUUUUUGGUGGAGAGGAGCUCGGGAAGUCAGUUGUCAAUCAGCUAUGGUCUUUUGAUCCAGUCAAUCUUGAAUAUAAGGAUCUCACUCAGACAAAUCUUAACUAUCGGAGUGGACACACAGCUACAUCGCUUCCAAAUGGCCAGAUUGUAUUUAUUUCAGGAUUACAUGUGAAUGCAUUUAUGAAUGAUUCAGCACAGCUGAUAAGAUCCAAUGAAGUUGAUAUAUACGACACGGAUCUAAAUACAUGGACAAGCUUAAAUACCACUGGAGAAAUACUUAGAAAACGAAUAGGCACAAGCUCAGCCCUAGGUCCAGACAAUAAGACAAUAUUUCUAUUCGGUGGAGACAAUGGUCUUACCGCUUUAAACCGAAUAGAAUGCAACGAGGUCCUCUUAUUGGAUACAACUACAUGGGUCUGGAAAAAACCAAAUAUAACUGGUGUUUAUCCGACCGCUCGUUCAAGAGCAUCCAUCGGGUUUAUUGAUAAGAACUUACUAGCAAUUGCCUAUGGUCAAACCUCGUUUCUUUCUUACAAAGAUUUGAGCAUACUUCGUAUUGAUGAUCAAGAAACCUCUAAAUAUUCCUGGUUAAGUGGCCCAAAUGACUUACUUAACGUGGACCAUACAUACCCAAACCUUUCCCGACACAUGGACGGAGGAAUAAUUGCUGGAAUUGUUAUUGGCUCUAUUCUACUUGCGAUUAUAUUGGCAUAUUGUAUAUGGAAAUCAUAUAGAGACUUAUAUUUCUUACCUAAUCUAGUGUGGGACUUUCUUUGGGACCCAAGGAACGGGGAGCCACUGUGGACUGAAAUAUGCCGCCUAAUAAUUCAAUGUAUUCUUGCAUUUCAAUUCCUGGCAUAUUUGGGUUUUUCUAUUCAGCAAGCCAUUGAAAGCCCAAUAACAAGCAUCACAAUCCGUACAAAAGUAUCAUCUGUUCAAGUACCAGACCUUCGAUUUUGUUUUGACGGAUGGGGAGUUUCUGAAUUUUCAAACCGAGAAUACCAUAAAGGAGAUCUUGGUGUCAGAAUAUCCUGUAAAACUGACACGGGGUAUGCGUGCUCAAACUUUAUUACACGACUCGAUAGAACAGUACAUCUUCCUGCGUUUGAGUACACGCUUGAAAGCCCUGAUUGUUACCUAUUUUCCCCGCCAAGUUGGUUCCGCUUAGAAGACACCAUAGACGGAGAUAAUAGUGGAACCAAAGUUCGUUUCAUGUUUAACGGAGAUCAAUCUAUUGCUGGUACUGUGCGUAUAGCACAAUAUCCACCUGGGGUGAAUCCUAACGUUAAAGUAUACAAUAUAACUACAACCGACGUUCCGCUGAUUAUGUCAGACCAAGCUGUCGAUGAAUGGGCAAUGCGGGACAUGCAAGGAGAAACUGAUACAAAUACCUUCACAAUCUAUACAAACGAGACACUAUCUAUGGAAUAUCAAGUCAAAGACCAUCAGUACCUUGAUGACAAUAGCUGGAACCAAAUAGGCUUCUUACCUUGCUACAACCACACUCCAGAAAUUAGCACGUCAGCACUCGCAAGCGACUUUCUUAUGGCGUACAAUGGAUUCAGCUCUAAUUACAUGGGACUUUUUGGGUCUGUGACUUUAUACCCAACCGAUUACACUACGGUUAUAGAGCAAGAACAAAAAAUCCAUACGAUUAUCAAUUCGCUUGGUUCUGUCGGUGGUAUUCUCAGUCUCAUUAUCAGUGUACAAGUAUGGCUAUUUGGCUUUCGUCCUAAAUCUCCUUGGGGUAUUGUUCAACGUUGGUCCAAUGGGCCUAUGAGGCGGUCUCUUGACAGAAACCUGACAAAGAAUUUCGAGACCUUAUAUACAGCAGUUCCGUUCGUUAGUAAUGUUGAUAAUAACAUCUUGACCAGAAGCAAUAGCUACGACGACGAAACAAUCAAAGAAAAAGAUAGAAUCCUGCCACUACUCGAUCAAAAGGAACGAGUGCUCGUACUGGAAAAACGCUUUCAAUUAAUGGAGCGUUUACUUGAAGCUUACUACGUCGAUAUUGAGAUAUUUAAGGAGUUAGAUUCAGCAAUUUCACGAUUAGAACCACCUUUAUCACCCAAUUUAUCAGACGAGGAUUUGAGUGUCACUGUCACUAGCAUGCAAAGUCGAACAUUUAGUGAAUACAGCCUUUGA